AUGGAUAUCGACCAACUAUUCAAGGUUCCUAAAAUUCCUACAGGAGGAAUUAAACGAAAACUUCCCGAUAAUCCUACUCCAGAAAUGCUUAAAAAAAUGAAAAUGGGGGCUCCUUCAUCUACCCCCAUAACUUCGCCUCUCUCUACUAGCGGUCAUGACGACAGGUCAUCUUCCAGGAAAGCUACUGUGGAAGAUGAAGAAGAUGAUGAAAAUGGAUUUGCCCCUGGGGGAGAUGCUGAUUAUUUCGCUGAAGAGGAUGAUGAAGGCCGCUUUUUUGGAGGUGGUUUGACAUCAGAGCAGAAGGAGAUUCUCAACAUAUUCGACAAGGCAGAGGACAAUGAGAUAGGGGAAGAUAUACAAGAUAUUUCCAUUACUCAAAUUCGGAAAUUGUUGCUUGCCUUUGAACGUGCUGUCAACAAAAACCAAGACCAGCGUUCAAAAUAUCCGGAUGACCCUUCUAAAUUUAUUGAUUCGGAGGCGGACCUUGAUAGUGCCAUUAAGGCUUUACUACCACUUUCUCAGUCCCCAAUUUUGGCUUAUCCGGAACUCGUGCGAUCCGGAACUCUUGCACUUAUAACAGGUCUGCUUACCCAUGAGAAUGUGGAUAUAGUGAUUGAUGUCGUUGACCUAAUAUACGAACUCACUGACGAGGAUGCGGAAGUCGACUACGAAGACGAUGAAUAUGAAGCAUCACAAGAGGCUUUGAAGAUCUUAAUUGAAGGAUUGGUUCAAAAUUCAACAUUGGAAUUACUUGUUGAUAAUUUAUCACGGCUAAAUGAAACCGAAGAAGCUGAUAGGCAGGGUGUUUUCCAUGUCCUCGGGAUAUUUGAGAACAUGAUUGGUUUUAACCCCUCUCUGUCAUCUAACUUGGUGUCCAAAACCAAAGUACUCCCUUGGCUCCUUGACCGUAUCCAAGCGAAGAAACAUGAUGAAAAUCGUGGCUACGCUGCAGAACUUAUUUCGAUAUUGCUGCAAGACAGGUCUGACAAUCAAACCCGGCUGGGAGAUUAUAACGGCGUUGAAAUUAUUCUUAAAGUCCUCUCGCAAUUUCGGCGGCGAGAUCCUGUGGAUGCAGAAGAAACUGAAUUUAUGGAAAAUCUUUUCGACGCUCUGUGCUCCUCCCUUGCUGAAGAUGUUAUCAAGAAAAUGUUUCUUGAAGCCGAAGGCCCCGAUUUGAUGCUUCUAAUGAUGAAAGAGAAAAAAGAAUCGAAAUCAAGAUCCAUUAAAGUGCUGGACUAUGCUCUAUCGGGCACGUCGGGGACACCACUAUGUGAGACCUUUGUGGAAAUUCUCGGCCUAAAAACGUUAUUUACAGCAUUCAUGGGCAAGACCGUCAAACGUCAGAAAGCAGCUGGAGAUGUUACUGCAUCGGAGGAUACCGGACACAUCCUUGGGAUUAUAUCGUCUUUAUUGACAAAUCUUCCUUCCGAUUCUGCUAGCCGUAUUCGAGUCAUGGCUAAGUUCGUAGAAGGCAAUUAUGAAAAAGUUGAGAAAUUGCUUGAACUCCGGGAAGGCGCAAGAAAACGCCUGCUGGUUACUGAUGCAGAACUUGAAAAAGAAAAACAAGGUGUAUUGGAAGACACAGUGGGAAAUAGCAUAUCACCUGACCUUGAAGAUGAUUUUUAUGUUCGACGUCUUGAAGGCGGCCUGUUCUCUCUGCAAACGAUUGAUUAUAUACUGGCGUGGCUGAUUGUGGAAGAUGAUGGAAUUCGAACACAUGCUCUGCGAAUGCUGGAUCGUAACAAUCAAUCUCUGAAAAAUAUUUUACAGACACUAGAAAUAUAUGAAGACCACAUGGAUGAUGAUGAAGUCAAUCAGACAGAGGGCUCGGUAUCAAGAAAGGAGAUUUUACAAGGGCUAAUAUCUGCUCUACAUAGCGAUCAGUAG